AUGCGGAGAUGUAAGUUUUUAUUAUUAUUGUUUAUCUUUUUAAUGCUUGCAUCAGUAAUUGCAUGGAUUGGUACUUGUGGUAAUUUACUUUUAACAUAUUUAUUUAUAACAAAAACAUAUCCAAAUACUCCGUCUGCGCUAUAUCCAACUGUGUUGUCAAUUUUGGAUGCUUUAAUUUGCAUAUUAUAUAUUAUGUUAUUUAGCGUGGAUGCUGCUACUGUAUAUCUCAGGGUUACUAGUUUUUUCAUAAUAUAUCAUAUUUAUAUCGUGCCAGCUUAUGUGGUUAGCAGGAUAACACAAUUAGCUAUUCCAUAUGUAUUAAUAUUGAGUACAUUAGAGCGGCUAGUAUGGAUAUCAGGCGAAAAAACGAUCAAAUUUUUGAAAAUAAUUUAUAGUUAUCGCGGACAUCAAAUUAUUGUAAUCUUAUUACUUAUAUGCUGUAUUAUUUCUCGUCUGCCAACAGCAUUUGCUGUACUUGUAAGUAAUAUUUUUAAACUAUUAGUAAAUAAGUUAAGAGAUAUAAUAAAUACUUAA